AAGAAAGUGGGAUUCCUGAGGGGGAGGGCAGCAGAUUUCAGGAGCAGGCAUUAGAAGAAAGGGCACAUAAAAACCCUUGGAUCCAGAUCCCAUCCAUGUCCACAGACAAUCCUUGGAGCGUAUUCCAGCAAAACUGAUUUUUCUGGACUAGGUGACCCUCUGGAAGGCCUUGCGAAUGGUUGUGCCGUUGGAUCUGGAUCUUGUGCAGCUUAAAGACACAGCUUGGCAUGUUACAAUGGAAGGACAACACAACCAUCCACACCAUCUGGGGGACCAGAACCUGCUCUGCAAAGUGACAAGCCAAGAAUAUCAGCAUGACACGCAACAGAGACACCUGUAUCGCUGCACUUUAGCAGAUUUUCAGAUCGAGAAGAAAAUUGGGCGAGGACAAUUCAGUGAAGUCUACAGAGCUACGUGUCUUCUGGACAGAAAACCGGUGGCAUUAAAAAAAGUACAGAUAUUUGAGAUGAUGGAUGCAAAGGCCAGACAAGAUUGCAUCAAAGAAAUAGACCUUUUGAAGCAAUUGAACCACCCCAACAUAAUCAAGUAUUUGGAUUCAUUUAUCGAAGACAAUGAACUGAACAUUGUACUGGAGCUCGCAGAUGCUGGCGACCUUUCUCAGAUGAUUAAGUAUUUUAAAAAGCAGAAACGGCUAAUCCCAGAACGAACAGUUUGGAAAUACUUCGUGCAGUUGUGCAGCGCGGUUGAACACAUGCAUUCCCGCAGGGUGAUGCACAGAGACAUCAAGCCAGCCAAUGUGUUUAUAACAGCUACUGGAGUUGUGAAGUUAGGCGAUCUCGGACUGGGGCGUUUCUUCAGCUCUAAAACGACCGCUGCACAUUCCUUAGUGGGAACACCGUAUUAUAUGUCCCCAGAAAGAAUACACGAAAACGGCUAUAAUUUUAAAUCUGAUAUCUGGUCUUUGGGCUGUUUACUGUAUGAGAUGGCAGCUCUCCAGAGUCCCUUCUACGGCGAUAAAAUGAACCUUUUUUCCCUCUGCCAAAAGAUAGAGCAGUGUGAUUACCCACCUCUCCCAGCUGAGCAUUACUCCGAAAAGUUGCGGGAGCUGGUGAGCACGUGCAUCUACCCGGAUCCCGACCAGAGGCCCGACAUCGGCUACGUGCACCAGCUAGCGAAACAGAUGCACGUGUGGACGUCCAGCACUUGAAGAGCCGGCUCGCGCGCCGCACGGAAGAACCGUCUCAGCUUAGUCUUACUUGAACCUUCUGUCUCAGACGAAACCAAGAGGUGCCUCGCCAGCCUCAACAGCAGGAGUUGAGCCUUCCUCGGAAGACCCUUCACGAUUUCUGUACAGGUGCCCACCGGGCGGAUCUGCUCUAAGCGAAGGCCUCUUCAAAAGCCGAUUAACAUGUUACAGAUGUAGAUCUCUUAAAAGAUCCUUUCUUCAAACUGUUGUGUGUAAUCUAGGUUAGUCUCUAUAGGAAGGGUUUCUCAUUGGUGUAUUGGACACACCCCUUGUAUCUUAACUAAUGUGAAAUAUUGAAAAAAAUAAUUCCUUUGGUGAAAUCACUUUAUCCUAAUGUAAGAAUUACCGUAGAUUUUUUUUUUUUUUUGGUGUAAUUUGUAUAACUGCUACUUUGCUUCUCCUAGCAGUGGUUAAUAGCACGUUCAGUUUCUAGUACAUGUAUUUUUUAAAAGAAGACAAGCAUCCAACCUGCAUUUUUAUUUUUUUGGUAUUUCCCUCCCUUGCGAGAAGAAGGUAUGGAGGCGGCUGAAAUUUUCUUUUGUAAGCAAACCGUAGAAUGACUUUUUUGCAGUGCAAGUUGUCACCCUGGCCGCUGAGGCCAGCGUGGGCUCCAAACCAGAGGAGUGUUGUGUUUCCUGGUCCAAGACUGGCACAGACGCCGCGAGGCUCGGGAGCCAUUCUUACACGCCAGCGUUCCUACAGGCGCUCUGAGCAGACACGGCCCCUUCCUGCAAAGCCCACCUCUAGCCAUCUCAGAGCAAGGGUUGAAUCCCUAAAGUCAAGCCAUGAAACAAAGUCAGUCCAAAGAAAAUGACUUUUUUUUUUUAAAAACUCCAACACGAUCACCUGCUUAUUUACUGUGAAGACUCGUUUACGAAUGUGAAUAUUUUAAGCAAGCUGAUCUGAAGGAAAUGUUAAGACUUAAGCUUUCCCUUACGUGGGUGUAAGGCUCAAGUUUUCAUUUGACGUAGCCGUGGCUCGAGUCCGCCACUUCGGUUCCUUAAGGGGGGGGGGUCCGUUUCCACAGAAGGCCGUCCCUUUGCAAGCAGGGGGGAACCAAACAGGAUUUUCGGCAUCUGCCCCCAGGAGAGGAGCAGUAGCCGUCAGCUUCUUUCCGUAGGGCACUUUUUAGAGGGGGGAAUAGCGAGAUUCGGGCUUUUAGAGCAAAGUUACUUUUUUCCUGGAAGUAAAGAUUAAAGAUACCUCCUAUCCGCAAGGUUCUGCAUCUCACUGCCUUUGAAAAACGGUGCUACUCGGUAAUCAGUUUUGAACAAAGGUUUUAAGAUCCCUCCUUAAUGGCUGCCCAAGAGAAUGGCAGGGAGGUGGGAUGGAAGACGGCGCCCUGCUCCAGCUCUGGAGGUUUCCACGGCUCUGCAGGCGUUUUUUUUGGGGGGGGGGACGCAACCUGGUCUUGGGGUACAACUUUGAGAAAGUUUUGGGCUGUUUGGGGAAUUUCAAACGACAGAUGGGCCUGCUCCACCUGAUCGCUCUCUCGCACGUGCCGUAAGGCCUCUUAGUGCUUAAGUCAAUGUACUUUCAAAGAAGAAUAUGGCAACGGUGCGUUUUUAGGUAAGAUUUAAAUGAUUUACAAAAUAAAGUUUCCUUUGUAAAAAGAAAAGGGUCCUUAGCAUCGUGUACUGUCGGCGGAACGCUGAGCUGGCGAGGAGCGGCCGUGAAGAUGUCAGUGGGGUUCUUAUGCUAGCAGGCCAUCUGAAUCCCGCUUCCUAGGGCCGCAGGGUUAAAUAUUUAAACCUGUCAAGGUCCCUUACCUCGCAGCAGGUAGAGCACAAUGGGUCCUACUUGGCAGAAAGGGGACCUGGCGACACUUCCCUGCCCUCCGGAGUCACGAAAUGAGCAACCUGGCCGUUCCCAUUAUUGGUUUAUUAAUUUGGUUCACUGCAACAUUCCAAAAGCAUUUCAACUUAAAAGGAAUACUCUCGGUCCCCAAUCCAUGCCCUGGCAUCUCCGCCGGAAAUCAGGA